CAAAAUGGCGUCGUUCACGGGAUAGUGCAUUUAUCCGCCGCACACGGGUUUCUCUGAAAAAUAUCGCGAAUCGAUCUUUUGUUUGUGCCAAAACUGAUUGUGAACUGGUUUACAGUGUUUUUUGUGAUUAUAUAUAUGCUAAGUCAUAUAUGGGAUAACAUUUCGUCGUCAGUAAAAAUUUCCGCAAGAAAUAGCAGCGGAGGGCCCACAGGAUGAAUAAAGACGGUUGAGACGCCCGCGCGUCGGAGGCGACGCGCGCACAACACCAGUCAUGUCUUUUUUUAAUAAUCUCAAAAAGGUGCUGCACCUCGGCGGCGGCAAUGACGCCAAGAAGAAGAAGGUGUUCAGCAACAUCCGCGACAACUGCGACCCCGCCGACAACUGGGACAUGAUCGGCGAGCUUGGCGAUGGCGCUUUUGGCAAAGUAUACAAAGCGCAGCACAAGGUAACCGGGCAGCUCGCCGCGGCCAAGAUGUGCGUUCUGGACAACGAGGACGACCUCGCUGACUUCACCGUGGAGAUCGACAUCCUCUCCGAGUGCCGCCAUCCCAACGUCGUCGAGUUACACGAGGCCUACUUCAUAGACAACAAGCUGUGGAUGCUCCUAGAGUACUGCGAUGGUGGCGCGCUGGACUCCGUUAUGUCGGAGCUGGAGAAGGGGCUGAACGAGUCGCAGAUCGCAUACGUGUGCAGGGAGAUGUGUCGCGGGCUGGAGUUCCUGCACUCUCGCCGCGUCAUACACCGCGACCUGAAGGCCGGCAACGUGCUGGCUACCAUGCUGGGCGGCGUCAAGCUUGCUGACUUCGGCGUGUCAGCCAAGAACAAGUCGACUCUCCAGAAGCACGACACGUUUAUCGGGACGCCAUACUGGAUGGCGCCGGAGGUGGUGCUUUGCGAGACCUUCCGAGAUAACCCUUAUGAUUUCAAGGUCGACAUCUGGUCCCUAGGUAUAACGUUAAUAGAGUUCGCGCAAAUUGAACCUCCAAACCACGAGAUGACUCCAAUGAGAGUGUUGCUCAAGAUCCAGAAAAGCGACCCGCCAAGCUUGGAGCAACCCUCGAGGUGGAGCAAAGCGUUCAACGAUUUCGUGGCCAAGGCGCUGGUCAAGGACCCAGAAAAAAGGCCCACAGCGACCGACCUCCUUAAACAUGAGUUUGUUUCCGGUGACCUUGACUCCAAACCCUUACGGGAUCUUCUGUUGGAGUACCGAGCUGAAGUGGUGGAAGAAGAAUUACUGGAUGAUGAUUCAGAGGAACACCGCAGCUCUCAGAUGCAUGUGGACAUGGAAGAUGACUCCACGUCCGUGAGGUCGGGCGACACGCCGGACAUCAAGAUGUCAGAGGCGGAACCGAGUGCGGGCGCGACGCCAGUCCCGGUGGCGGCGCGCGCGGCGCCCCCGUCGCCGUGCGCCGCCUCCCCCGCGCCCCACGCCGCGCACACCCCGCAAACCCCUACCAAGCGCGCGCUGCCCGACGACGCGCCGGCCGCUGACAGGAGACCGCCGGCACCAAAGAAGGAGAAAGGUCCCGCGCCCCCUCCCCCAGCCGUCACGGCCGCGCCUCCCCCCUCGCCCCCCUCCCCGGGCCCGCAUGCGCAAGCUGCGCGUCCCACACGCAAGCAACCCGCACCGCCGCCGCCUGCGCCCAUCACGCCUACCACACCCACUGUGCCCACGCCCAUGUCACAAGCGCCCACGCCGUCCACGCCGCCGUCCGCCAUCGCAGGACACAUCGUGGAGCAGGUAUGCCGAGAAGCAGAAAAGGUGGUGGAAGAAAAAUCUGACAAAACAACAGACAAGACACAACUCAAGGAUGUAGAAGUGAAACCAAAGCCUGAUAAUAGAAUAGCUACCCCAGAACCUUCUGAAGACAGACUCAAUGGCCUCAUGGACCUUGAACAGAGUGUCAGAGAAGUCGAUAAAACUAGUCCAAAAUCUGAGAAAUCCAGUCCAAAAGUUGACAAAACGAGUCCUAAAGCCGACAAAGCAAGUCCAAAGGUUGACAAAAUAAGUCCAAAAGUCGACAAAAGUAGUCCAACAGUCGAUAAAAUAAGUCCAAAUGUCGACAAAACGAGUCCAAUAGUCGACAAAAGCAGUCCAACAGUCGAAAAAGUUAGUCCAAAUGUCGACAAAACGAGUCACAAAGUCGACAAAAUUAGUUCACAUGUCGACAAAAUAAGCUCAGACAUCAAAAAAAUAGAAGGCUUCAAAAGAUCUAGCAUAGAAAUCAAUGAUAUUAAUGUAGAUGUCAAUAAAAGUCCGGAUGUCAAAAAAAUGGACGUCAGCAAGUCAAACAUAGAUGUUAACAAAACUAGUCUUGAUAUAAACGUCAAAACGAGUACAGACUCGCCCAAAUCACCUGAGAAACACGAUAACAAAUCCAAAGUGGAUGUUCGAAAGAGUGCAGACGAUGUCAGACUCGAGAAUAGAAACGAUUUUAAAAGAAGAAGCACUGAUAUAAAUAUAAUGAAAUUCAAUGAAAUGAGCAGAUCUAGUGUUGAAAUUAACAAAUCUGAUGUCAAAGCUGAAAUUCGUGCGAUCAACGAUUUGAUAAGGGGUGAUAAGAAGGAGCGGUCGAGAUCGAGUUCCACGGAGAUUGAUACGAAGCGUGUGAGUGCGGAAGUGAGUAAGAUAGAGUCGCGGUCUCGCUCUGUAGAUGACACGGACAGGAGUAGUGUGCGACUGAGACGCAGCGAUGAGUACUCCCGCUCUGGCUCUAUUGAGGAGCAGGAGAUUGAGAAAGAGACGCCCAAUGCGGUGGAGAUACGGUCUGUCACGCCGCCUCCAUCUCGAGAUUGUGGUGCAGUGUCGCUGUUAGCUCAGCAAGCGGUCACAGUAGUGGCGGUGAGCGCUGAGCCUAACUCCUUAGCCGCGGCGCCCAUCGGCCUUGUUACUGUCACCACCACGCAUCCACCAGUGUUGAACACUGCAGCACCGCUACCACAUAAUGCGGUGACAAUAUCCACCACUCCACCGAUGGACGAAGUGGUGGUGGUCAGAGCCAGUUCUUCCUCAGAUGACGACGCCUUCGCGCCAUCUUCGUUGGACUCACUGGAUUGCACCACUUGCUACGCAGAAAAGAGUCGAGGCAGAAGGCUAGACAGCAGUGAAGUGUUAAUACUUAGUCAUGGGGCCGGCGAUUCCGGAGUCUUCGACGACAGCCAACACAACCAUCUCAAUCUGGAUACGUCUCAUGUAUCAGUGGUGACGGUCGGCGAGGAGGUCCAAGUGCGGGACUCCUCCGCUCCCACGCCGCGAACGCCUCACAACCAAAGGCCGUCGAGACUCAGUCCAGAUAGUUUUGAGAGUGGCAGAUCACAAUCGGAUAGCGGGUCGGUGGCGUCGGAAAGGUCGCGUCGCGGCGACGCGGACUCGCUGGCCACCACCGCCACCAGUGCGUCACACGACUCCCACCAUUUGCUCAACGGUGCUGCCAGGGUGAACUCGGAGAAUCAAACGAUAGACACGGAAGAGGUGGUGCUAAGAAGGAAACCUCAAGACGGACAGCCUAAUAGAAUGCAGAGAUCCAAAGAAGAUAUCCACAUGGCUAAUCUCAAGAAGAAGACGAGAAAACGCACGAGAAAGUUCGAGAUCGAUGGAGUCAUUGUCACCACCACCACUUCCAAAGUUAUCUGGGGCGACGAAGAGAGCGGUAGGACGUGGGACGACCACGCGCUUCGCAAACAGGAGUUGCGCGAGAUCAAGAUGCUGCAGAAGCAGGAGCAGAAGCAGUUCCAGGACCUCAAUGCUAAGGAGCACCAGCUCAGGGAGCAACAGGACAAGAGGUUCGAAGCGGAACUAGCGUCGCUCGCGCGAGCGCACGAGGCCGACCUCGACACGCUCGCUCGAGCGCAGCGAGCGGCCGCCGAGCGAGCCGAGCAACAGCUGGAGACGGAACUGAGGCAGCACGCCAAGCGACUGCGCACCGAACACGAGCGGGACCUGCGGCACUUCCGGGACACGCUCAAGCAGGAGCUGCGGCUGCUCAAACAGGAGGUGGAACUAGUGGCCAAAGAGCGUCGGAAAGAGACGUACAGACAGCGGCGGACGCGACUGGACGCGGAGCACGCGAGUCGCGAGCGCGCCUUCGUCGCGUCGCUCGCGGACGCGGGGGACGCGAUACUGCGUCGCGUGCACGACAAGCAUCGAGAGCGGCAGGCGCUUGCUGACCGCCAGUAUCUACAGCAGAGGCAUCAGAUAAUGCGUACCAGAGAGGCUGCGCUGUGGGAAUUGGAAGAGAAGCAGAUCCACGAGAGGCACCAGCUCGCAAAGCGUCAGUUGAAAGACGAGUUCCUGCUGAGAAGACACCAGAUGCUCGUCCGGCAUGACAAGGAGUUGGAGCAGAUCAAACGGAAAAACAGUCGAAAAGAGGAGGAAUUAGCCAAGUGCCAAGCGUUAGAAAAACGCUCGCUGCCGAAACGAAUCCGCGCCGAGCAGAAAGCGCGCGAGAUGAUGUUCCGCGAGUCGCUGCGUAUCGGCGCCGCGCCCGCCUCCGCCGAGGACGACCGCGAGAGGCUCAAGAAGUUCCAGGAGAACGAGAAGCGCCGGUACCGGGCGGAACAACAGAGGUUGGCUACCAAGCACGCUAAGGCGAGGGAGGAGCUCAAGGCGCAAGGGGAGGCGCUUCUCCGCGAGCUGGAACAGUACCAGAACGAGAAGCGUAAGGCCCUCAUGAACCACGAGAGUGGCAAGAUGAAGGCCAUCGAGGAGAGGUACGCGCACGAGCUCAAGGAGUGGCGCGCCACCCUCGCGGACAGGAAGGCGGCAUUGGAAGAAGAGUUCACAGCCCAACUAGAAGAGCAAGAGAGACAAGCGGCGAACGCCCGUCUCCCUCCCCCCACCACAAGCAUGCCCCAACACAGCUCAGCGCUGCAUUCAUCAAGAACCAGCUUAGCGUCAAGCCAUUACGAUUAGUGUAUGAAUAGUAAGUCCGAGGCAGUUAACUCUUUGGCUGAGAUUUCUAGAGCGAAAUUGACGUAAGACACUGUUAAAACGAGACAGCGUUAUAUCUACGACAUAAAUCUGUCUCGUUUUAAAUUAAACGAGAAUACACUCCAUAGAUCUCGGCAUUUGAUUAUAACUAAAUGUUGUUAUGUAGAUCAAAAGGUUGGAACCCAGAGCCGUAAACUCAGUUAAAAAGUGAUUGUGACAUUAAAAAAUUGCCGCUAACGCUGCAUUUACACACUCGCCAUUGUGGCGCGCUGUUCAUUGAUAGUGUCAUCGCGUCGACAUGUGGUGUUCAUAAAAAUAGGAAGUACUGUUUGCGAUUAGUUCUUAUUCUACUGAAAUCUAUAGAGUACUUUGAGUUUGCUUAGACUUAAGUUUCAGUUAGAACGAGACCGAUUUAUGUCAGCGAUAUAGCGCUGUCUCGUCUUAACAGUGCCUUAAGUCUGAGCAAAUUCAAAGUACUUUAUAGAUUUCAGUAGAAUAAGAACUAAUCGAACUAUAGAUCGCAGGCUAAGUGUCGCGCACAAUUAAUCAUACCUUUACCGGGUUGCAAGACAAGAUCGAAGAUGAAUGUAUAAACAGGUAAUUCGCCGUGCCCUUUUACGAAUAUGUAAAUACACCUUUACCUAUAAAAGUAUAAAUAUGAGAAUGCUUUGAACUUUAAUUCCUGAACGGAUCAAGAGAAAAAAUUAGAAUGUCAUGUGACAUCUAAAUUGCCGCCUAAACAUGUGACACAUAGAGUCCAUAGACAAUUCUUUGAACUUUUUAUAUAUAACACAGAGGCAAAAGUCAAAAGUGCCUGAUCUAACCGCUAAGGUUUGGAACGCCCUUCCGGCAUCCAUGUUUCCUGCCAGUAAGGACUUUCAGUACCUUCAAGGCGAGAGUAAAUAGGCAUCUUGGCAACGAAGAACCCAUCAUUGCUUUCAAUGAGGCAUGAUUAUCAAGCGAAGCCUGUUUUAAUAAAAUAAAAAAGAUUCCGACGAAUUGAGAACCUCCUCUUUUGGAAAUCGGUUAAAAAAAACUAUCAUAGUAACGUAUUAUCUUUCGUAUUAAUAAUUAUGCCAAUAUUCAUUUUAAAAUCUUUCUAUUGAUAUAUUGUCUCUUAGUGAUUUUUGUCCCCAAAGAAUGUUCUCGACUGUUUCUGAGAUUUUGAAAUGUACGAGUUCACGAAAUAUGAGAAAAAAAAAGAAUUUUAAUCUCCAUGCUGGUUGCGUGUGAUUUUUUAAUUUUUACUGUGUUAAGUAUUCGCUAAAUAAGUACUUAUCAAAAUUAGGUAAAAUAAUAAUUAAUAGGAUGGUUUUAUGUUAAAAUACACAAGACAUGCACGGCCUAUUAUAUUAUAUUAAUAACGAAACGACAUAAAACUUCAUACUUUAGGUAAUAUUGGACUUUAUUGGAGGAACAUACGGCCUAUGGAAUAAGUAUUUAUAGUUCGUUAAGGAUUUGAGCUUAUUUUUUACUUUUUGGUAUAAAUAAUUGCAAUAAGUGCCAAAUAGGAGCAUUUAAGACUUAAAAUAUCAACUAUGACCAGUAAACUACUACUUAACUCUUCGGAGAGAAUCUCACGGUAAAUAAACUAUUAUCAAUAAACGUUCUAGAAUAUUUAUUAUUUUCGGAUAAAAAAAUCGUUUUUCAUGAAAAACUACUUAAAAUGAGAAAAUCAUUUUCAAUGUUUGUUGUGAUUAUACCUACGUCUCAAAUUUAUAAAGUAUUUAAAAAGAAUUAAAUAGUAGAAUAUUCCUAAAAGCAUGUGCACACGAGCAACUUUUGUCUCUGCAACAUUUUGUCUCCCGUGCUAUUAAACGCACAGCAAUUUUUAUUGAAGUGGAAACUUCUUAAGCCGCGUUAAGCGAUUUUUGUUAGUAGAUUCGUGGCGUGCAGCGGUUUGUGUAUAGGCAUACAAUAUUAUAUAUGUAGCAAGUAUAUUGUCAAAGCCUUACAAUCUCACUAGUGAUAUUAUAAUUAAACGGUAACUUCAUUUCUCGCAAUUUAACGUUCUGAUUUUAGUGUCAUUAUAAUGUUACGGGACACUACAGUGAUAUUGUAAAGUAAUGAUAUUUUGACAAUUUCACUGGUCGUUAGAUUAUGUGGCCGCCUCUGAUUGCUCCGUUUCCGAUAUUGAAAAGGAAUAGACUAGUCAGAACGCUUGACGUCUCCCACUGCCAACUUCACUCAUAAUAUACCUAGAUUUUUUAAAAUGUCACUAUAAAGACCCCGUGACAUUACAAUGUCACUAAAACCAGGCCGAUAAAUUGUAAGAAAUGAAGUCGCUUGACAAUCUACCGUUUAUUAACUAUAAUAUCACUAGUGAGAUUGUAAUAUCACGGUUUUGACAAUAUACCUGCGGCAAAUACACUAAGACAUAGUAAAUUGUGUGUUCACUUCUGUGGGCAGUCCCCACUGACUGCCAAUUUUUUGGGAAUCUUAGUUGGUGAGACAAAAGUUACUCAUGUAGAUGCUAACGAAAUAUUAAAAAAAUGCGUGAUUUUUAAAUAAAUAAAAUUGUAGUUAGGCAAUGAAGGAAUUGAUAGCUUAUAUUCGGUGCACUUUGGAGACUGCUUGCUUGUAACGUUGUAACGUCAAUACGGUGCUUUGAUAUCUAAUUUAGAUAAAGAUUUUGUGAUAGGUGUAAACUGUAAUGUCAUCUAUCGAUAAUGUUCUGUUUGUUAAUUUUAUAGUCCAAUUUAUGUAAUGCAUGGAGUAGAGCACAGUUUAACCAGGGAAUAGAAUGUUUUAAUUGUAUUUUUUUUUAUUAGUUCCCUUGUGAACAGGCAAAGAUCUUAAACCAUAAUACAUCCUAAUCUGGUUUAUUUUAAUCAAAAAUUCUUGAGUAUUGAAGAACGUUUUAAAUAGCAUCUAAACUUGUUAUCCAUUAUAAUACUUCAAAGUUAUUUGAAAACAAUGUGGGAUACUAUUAAACUAAAAACUAUUGUUUUCAUUAACUACUUAUAAUAUUAUGUGAGCAUCAUUUCUGUCACACUCCAUGCACUUAUAAAUCGGACUGUAUACGAUUAAAUGAACGGAAAGAUCUAACGAAGUAUUAAAACAGUUUGGUAAGAAAAGCAAUUUAGUUUACAUAGUGGUGUGUGAUAAGUUAUGUUAAUAUCGGUGUGUGCGUGAACUUAUUUCACGAAAUCUAAAUUAUGGUUGAUGUAAGAGAUAACUAGGUAGGUUGGUUAAGCUGGAACUUUUCAAUUUAUUUUUUAUCUACUAGUCGUCUUGUUAGAAAAAAAAGUUUUUUACCGCUUCAUUGAAAUUUUUUGAUAGACUAUGGACUAUGGUUUAAACGUAUAUCAUAGACCAUUCUACUUUCUACUCUAUUCCCUUAUUGUCCAUCGUCUUAAUAUGCAAGAAAAUCGGGGUCACUCUAAAAUAAUCGCCUUUUUGAAUUAAAGGAUUAAUUUUAGCUGUCAAUUUCUUUGCUAUUCUUCUAAUUUAAUGAGGUAUUUAACAUAAACUAAGCCGAUGUUGUGUGAUUUUCUAUUUGGAUAUUCCAAAAUAUUAAUUACUUAUUGAUAUUAAUAAAAUAUUUCGCUUUAAGAGUAUCAUUAAUUGUUUACAAAGACUUUAUUUUAGAUAUUGCUUACACAAUUUACAUGGUUCGAGAUCGUAGUCAACUUGAGAAAAAACGCAAUGUUCAAGACGGUCAAUAAAUAUUGUGAUACUGGCCUCAAUAUUUAUCAAUAUAAGAACGUUUAUCGCGUUAACAUAUCCAUUUGUUGAUGGGAUCACAUAUUAUAUGACAAUAUUUAUUGACAGUCUAAAGUUUGUGUGAUGAAAAAUGUAUAUUUUGUACAGAUAAGUGAAAAUAUAGUCAGUUUAAAUAGAUCGCCGACUGACAUGUAGAUAUAGGAGAAAAAAAAAUAUUUUUUCAUGUACAGUAUUUGUGUAUUUUUUUAAUUAAUGUGCCUACUUAAUUUAUAAAAGACUUUAGUGUGUGGUUUUGUUAAUUUGACUUUUUACCACGACCACGUAAAUAGAGUAGGUUUAUUGUCAGACCAAUUAAGUAUAAUAGUCAGAGUCUUAGAUAUUAUUCAUUUCUAUGAGAAAACCGUCUAAAAUGCUUGAUUCCGUAUCUAAUACGACUAAAUUUAGUUUCUGAAUAUAGUUGUCACAGAUUGUAAUCACUGAGGUAUUUAAUUUAGAUUCGCAAUAAGAUAUUAAUUGUAAUGAUAAAAAACUCAAUCAUUCUCCUGACCGAUUUGUACGUUUGACAAUAGCUAGACUUUAUCUAUUUAUAUUUCCUUGGUCUGAAGUUUUAUUGUAAAAAAAAAACUAACCACUUUGUCUAUGGAUUUGUUUUUAGGAAUAAAAAUGGCUAUUUCAUUUCUACUUGCGAAAGGUACUUGAUAGUAUUUCCUUACCAUAGUUUUCAAUGUGUAC